AGAGAAGUCAAAAAGUCAAACACGAAAAGAGCAUUCAAUCUGACGCAACGAAGCAAAAGAAGAAGAAGAGGAGGCAGUUAUAAUCAACUCCCCUCUGUUUCUGUAAACCGUCAAGUAGAAAGUAGAAACACGACAAACGCGUUCUUCACCCUCCAUUCCCAUCCCUCUUCUCCUUCUUCUUAUUAUUAUACAUCGUGCUCUCAGUUUCUAUUUUUGGUUCUCGAUCCGCACCGCGUGUAAGCGUUGAUCUGUGAAGAAAGCUUAAUCAAAAAUCUUCAUUGUUCUGAUGGUAUUUGGAUCGCUUUUCGCUCCUCUCAAAUUCUGGGGAAAUACUCAGGAGCAAGAGCCGCAGAGAGGAAGGAUGCAAGAGAUAGAUCUUGGCAUUCACACAAUAAGAAGCCACGGAGGAGGUCUCGCCUCCAAACACAAGCACGACUGGAUCAUACUCGUGAUCUUGGUGGGCAUCGAGAUCGGCUUGCAACUCAUCUCUCCUUUCUACAGAUACGUCGGCAAAGACAUGAUGACAGAUCUCAAGUACCCUUUCAACGACAACACCGUCCCUAUCUGGUCAGUGCCCAUCUACGCAGUCCUGCUUCCUAUCAUAGUCUUCCUCUGCUUCUACAUGAAGAGAACAUGCGUGUACGAUCUUCACCACAGCGUUCUCGGACUGCUGUUCACGGUUUUGAUUACUGGUAUCAUCACCGACUCCAUCAAGCUCGCAACCGGACGUCCUCGUCCUAACUUCUACUGGCGUUGUUUCCCUGACGGGAAAGAGGUGUACGAUGCGUUAGGUGGUGUGGUAUGCCAUGGUGAACCGGGAGAAGUUAAAGAAGGUCAUAAAAGCUUCCCGAGUGGACACACGUCUUGGUCAUUCGCGGGACUUGGUUUCCUCUCGCUCUACUUGUCUAGCAAAGUCAAGGCCUUUAACAGAGAAGGACAUGUGGCUAAGCUCUGCAUCGUGUUCGCUCCUCUGCUCGCGGCUUGCCUCGUGGGGAUAUCGCGUGUGGAUGACUACUGGCACCACUGGCAAGACGUCUUUGCUGGAGCUCUCAUUGGUCUCUUUGUCGCUGCCUUCUGUUACCGUCAGUUUUACCCCAACCCUUACCAUGAAGAAGGAUGGGGUCCUUACGCGUAUUUCAGAGCAGCACAGGAACGAGGGUCGCAACAAAACGGUGAUGCGUUGAGGACGAUGUCUCUGCAGGUGGAACCAACCUCUCUUGAAAACAUGGAAUCUGGCACUUCCACUGCUCCAAGAUGAUUUAAUUCUUUUAUUUUCAUUAUUUGCUAUUUUCAUUUUGGUCGAUGGUGAGAGCCUGUGGAUGCUAUAGUUUGCAUGUGUGUACUUUUCUUUAACUCCUACGUGUACUCAUUUACAUUUGUAAGUAAAUCAACGCUUUUUUGACUGGAGAAUCUCGAGAUUCUAGUUUAAACAGCUGUUUUG